AUGACCUAUCGUAGCCACAUAGUUGGCCCAUCCCGUGCGUUCGAUCAUAUUUACGAUCCCUUGUUUGUUGCUUCAGACAGUAAGGAUGUGUGCAAAGCGAACGAUGUCGCUCUCAAGCGAUCGGCUCCGAUUGGAAUUUUUCCGGUCUAUCAGACCAUGUUCAGUGAGUUACCGCGAAUGACGCGGAAUCAUUACGUGAUGCAUCGCAAUCCGCUGCCCUACUAUCCGGAUGUUCAGAUAAAGUCCGAAUGCAAGCCGCCAAAUGCAUCGGAUCGAUCACGAAUCCUAGGUACGGAAAGGUCGAAGUUCUUCUGUCACCCUGCGGCUGGGGAAAGUGGUGCUUUGAUACGAAUGAGCAGUAGUAUUGAUGAAUUUUGUCAUUGUGAUCAGUCGGCUGAGCCCCGGUUCAGGGACGUUGCCUCACAAACGAUGUACCGGGAAUCUUCCGCGCAGACCCAACCCUGGAUGCCGACAGCGGUUUUGAAAGAUUCCGAUCUGGGUACGGCGGAAAUUGUUUACGUGGCGGAAAUGCUGCAACACACGCAAUAUCCUGGAGUCAAUGAAGUGGAAAUUAUUGAACGUGCGAGAAAGAAACGGAACUGGGAGUAUGCACUCGGUAGUUGUGAUUCGGCUGACGAGUGGGCUCAGCAGAGGUUAACUCUUCAGAUCUUUGAGUGGGAAGAAUGGGUCGCCAGGGAGCGUCAAAUCGAUCGUUAUCAAAUGCUCCGUCUGCAGUUGGUAGCGAAAAUUAUGAAUAAACGGGAACGAGACACCCACCAGGCGGCCGAGAGUAAGAUGGAGAAUACUAAAAAUCGAAUCAAUAUGGAAAGGAACAAAGCUUUGGAAAAGUUGAGGAUCAACUAUGAGCGCAACGUGCGUAAACUGGAAAAGAAACGUAAGGACUUUAAGGCGAAGGGUUUCCGUUCGCAAUCGGCCUUGAAACAGCCCGAAAGCUCGCUUGGGGUGACGACGAAAAAGACUUCCGGUAAAAAGUCUUACAGCUACGAUCCUAAUCUGAUUGAAGUUGGACUAUCAAAACUCGAACGAAAAAUCACUGUCAGCCACAAGCUAAAGGAUGUCAACAAACAGCGUCCGGAAUUGUGGAAACCAAAGGAAGUGUGCCGAGAGUUGCAGAAAGGAUUCUGGUCUGAUAAUUUCCUUCGCAAGCUUUAUGAAGCCCUGAAGCAUUUUCGUCAUAAGAAGGAUUCUCAACCUUCGGUACCGGAAUGCUUGAUCGUUAUAUCCUCGCCGACGGAAAGUAGCGUUGCUUCUCCUACACGAUUUAGUGGCGAACGCGAGGACGAUAACCUCUACCAGCAGGCUAUUUUACUGCAGAAACUCAUUAAAGGUCGCGCCACACAGGAAAUGAUUCACAAAGACUACGCUACAGAUCGGGAUCUGGUGGAAGACUUGAUUGCUACCCAUCGGCUUCCGGUUGUGGAGGAAUUCUUUCCUAUUGCUCCAAUCAAAACGGGAAGUGUUCGGGAAAAGUAUCUUCACAUAUUACGCAACGAACAGUUGCUAGAUGAGUUUGUUGAAAAUUGUACCCACGCUCAGAUGACUUCGCUGAUGGCGACCCUUGAGCGGGAGCUGACUCGACUUCAGAACGAACGAAACACUCAGGCUUUCUACUUAUUAACCGAACAGGAACGGUACUUCCGAGAGGCACGUGAAACUCGGCAUAUCUCCGAGAUGAAGUAUCAGGACAACGAAGAGAUGUCUAUUUAUCUCGAGAAUGCAUUACUGGAAAAGGUAGAGGGCGAAAAUAUUGCUGAAACUCGCGAAAAAAUUCACGACUUAGUUAAAAAGUUCGAUUUGGAAGCGGACAAACGCAUCAGCUCGGUGGAAGAAACCGGUCAGGGUCAGGGUAAUAUAGCAUCUUGUUUGGUAGAUGAAAUGCUGAUGCCCGAUAUCUUCCGUCGUUUGGCACGAGAAAAUAUUAAACUGAAGCAAAAACCACUGCUGGCGGAAGCCCAUGAUACCAUUUUCCAGCAGGUUGAUCUUAAACCGCUGGAUUCAGUCCCGAAGGAGGUAAUGGAAAGCCUGCGCAGGCAGUCGGAAAUCGAAUGUGUACUGGAAGGGAAAGCCGAGGAGGCUACAGCGCCAGAGGAAACGGUGGAUGUCGAGACUCGCAGUGAGGGUCAAGUUAUUAUCGGUGAAAUUUUGAGUAAUGUGAUUGAGGGAGCUUUGUCGGAGAAUGAAGUGGAAGAAAUACCGGAAGAUGAUACGACAGAUUUCUAUGGGUUCGGGGACGGUGCGGAAGGCGAAGAGGAAGAAGAUGUGAAACAAAUAGCUGUUGAGUUGGUGGAUGAUAUUCUCACUUAUGUGUAUGAGCAGGAUAUUGAAAAAUAA